AUGAAGUUUGCCUUUGAGGAGUUCCACCUGUGGUACCAGCUGGCCUUGUCCCUGAUGGCGGCGGGGAAAUCGGCUCGUGCCGUGAAGGUCUUAAAGGAGUGCAUCCGGCUGAAGCCCGACGACCCCACCAUCCCCCUGCUGGCCGUCAAGCUCUGCAUCGGGCCGCUGCACUGGUGUUUGGAAAGAGCCAUGAAGUUUGCCUUUGAGGAGUUCCACCUGUGGUACCAGCUGGCCUUGUCCCUGAUGGCGGCGGGGAAAUCGGCUCGUGCCGUGAAGGUCUUAAAGGAGUGCAUCCGGCUGAAGCCCGACGACCCCACCAUCCCCCUGCUGGCCGUCAAGCUCUGCAUCGGGCCGCUGCACUGGCUGGACGAAGGGGAGAACUUUGCAAAGAUAGUGAUCGAUAUGGGAGAGAAAGCAGCUGAAUUCAGAGCCAAAGGCUAUUUGGCCAUCGGCCUGGUCUACAGCCUUAAAGCUACAGACGCGUCCUUAAGGGGGAAGCAGGAGGACUACCAGAGGAAAGCUUUGGGAGCCUUUCAAAGAGCUCAGAGUCUGUCUCCCACUGACCAUCUCGCUGCCUUCUACCUGGCCCUGCAGCUGGCUGUUUCCAGACAGAUCCCCGAGGCCUUAGGUUAUGUCCGACAGGCUUUGCAGCUCCAGGGGGACGACGUGCAUUCCCUCCACCUCCUGGCUCUGCUGCUCUCCGCCCAGAAACACUACCACGACGCCCUGAACAUCAUCGAGAUGGCCCUGUCCGAGUACCCCGAGAACUUCAAUCUGCUCUACACAAAGGUCAAGCUGGAGGCCAUGUGCAGAGGACCGGAGGAAGCUCUGCUCACCUGUAAGCACAUGCUGCAGAUCUGGAAGAGUUUCUACAACCUCACCAACCCCAGGUAA